AUGGAGGACGAGGAAAACCAAGUGCAGCCCCUGAAUGAAACGCAGAUGCCGAACUCUGCAAGUGGUUACGUGUGGCAUGUCACCGACAUGAAUCGGCUGCAGCGUUUCUUGUGUUAUGGUUCAGAAGGUGGUACUUACUACAUCAAGGAGCAGAAGCUGGGCUUUGAAAAUGCAGAAGCUUUAGUAAGACUCAUUGAAGAGGGUAGAGGUUGUGAUGUUGUUCAAGAAAUAAAAACAUUUAGUCAAGAAGGCAGAGCAGCAAAACAGGAGCCCCUGCUUUUUGCUCUGGCAAUUUGCUCACAGUGUUCGGAUGCGAAAACGAAACAAGCAGCUUUUAAAGCUGUUCCUGAGGUGUGUUGCAUACCAACCCAUCUCUUUACUUUCAUCCAAUUUAAAAAAGAUCUGAAGGAGGGCAUGAAAUGUGGCAUGUGGGGCCGUGCACUGAGGAAAGCUGUUGCAGAUUGGUACAAUGGAAAGAAUGGCAUGGCUGUUGCUUUAGCAGUUACAAAAUAUAAACAAAGAAGUGGUUGGUCUCAUAAAGAUCUUCUGAGGUUGUCCCACCUAAAACCUGCCAGUGAAGGAAUUGCUAUAGUCACUAAAUAUAUUACCAAAGGGUGGAAAGAUGUCCAAGAGGCUUAUAAAGACAAAGCAGUUUCUGCUGAGACUGAAAAACUCUUAAAAUAUCUGGAUGCUGUGGAGAAAGUAAAACGCACGAAAGAUGAAUUGGAAGUUACUCAUUUAAUAGAGGAGUAUGGUCUAGUUAGAGAGCAUCUCCUGACAAACCAUCUGAAAUCUAAAGAGGUUUGGAAGGCAUUGCUGAAGGAGAUGUCCAUUUCUGUAUUGUUGAGAAAUUUAGGAAAGCUGACAGCAAAUUCAGUACUUGAACCACGAGGUUCAGAAGUAGCAAUAGUGUGUGAAAGACUGAGAAAUGAGAAACUGCUAAAAAAGGGUAGAAUACAUCCAUUCCAUAUUUUGGUUGCAUUAGAAACUUAUAAAGCUGGACAUAGUAGCAGAGGAAAGCUUUGGUGGCGUCCUGAUGAAGACAUUUUAGAAGCUUUAGAUGCUUCGUUUUACAGAACUUUCAAGACAAUUGAACCAACAGGAAGACGCUUCCUACUCGCAGUUGAUGUCAGUGCAUCAAUGACACAAAAGGUUUUGGGCAGCGUGCUUAAUGCUAGCACAGUUGCAGCAACCAUGUGUAUGGUUGUAGCACGUACUGAGAAGGAUUCCCAUAUUGUUGCCUUUUCACAUGAAAUGGUCCCUUGCCCAGUGACAGCUGAUAUGACGUUACCUCAAGUAUUAGUGAAAAUGUAUGAAAUUCCAAUGGGUACCACUGAUUGUUCCCUUCCAAUGAUAUGGGCUCAAAAAACUCAGACAGCUGCUGAUGUCUUCAUUGUAUUUACUGAUAAUGAGACCUUUGCCGGAAAUACUCAUCCUGCAACAGCUCUUAGAGAGUACAGAGAGAAAAUGGGUAUUCCUGCUAAGCUGAUUGUUUGUGGAAUGACCUCAAAUGGUUUUACGAUCGCAGAUCCAGAUGACAGAGGCAUGUUGGAUAUAUGCGGUUUUGAUACAGGAGCUUUGGAUGUUAUUCGAAACUUCGCUUUGGAUUUGAUUUAACUUUCUAGGCAUCUGCUCUUCCCAGUGGGUCCAUUGCUGGCAACAGACUGCAUCCUGGGAACUCCCAGCCAAAUAUACUUUAUUAGAAUAUGGCACAUGAUAUACAUAUCAGAAUGUUACCUUUUUGUGAAGGGAAAACAAGAAAAGCAGAUGAGAAAUCUCUUUUUUUUUCCUGUUGCACACAAUUUAAAAUAACAGUGGGAAGUUUGCUAAAAGUAGCUACAGGGUUACACAAUACAUAAAUUAAUUUCAUUUAUAAUAGGUUAUAAA